AUGACUGCUGAAUCGCCAAACCUAGGGAGUAAGAAAGAUUGUGUUUUUUGUAAAAUUGCAGUCAAGGAACAAGAAUCUCGCAUAAUUUACGAAGAUGAGAAGACUGUUGUUUUUCCAGACAUUCGACCAGCUGCGAAUCACCAUUAUUUAGUGAUUCCCAAAGAACAUUAUGGAAAUCCGAAGUCACUCACUGCAGUUGACCUGCAAGUUGUUGAACAUUUGUUUGAGGUUGGGAAGAAUGCUAUUACCAACAGUGUUACUGAUUCUGAGGACGUCUUGUAUGGCUACCACUGGCCACCAUUUAAUUCUAUACAGCAUUUGCAUCUCCAUGUAAUAUAUCCGCGUUCACAGAUGGGUUUUUUCGCUCGACAAAUCUACAGACCCAAUUCAUUCUGGUUUGUUACUCACGAGUGGCUUGUUGAACAUUUGCAGAAAAAUCCUGCCGGUUAA